AAAUCCUGCAGGAAUUCAAGAGGAUUUUGGUUCUAUGUUCAGGGAUCCUGCAGGGUUUUUUGUGAGGGUUAUUUGAAUUUAAAUUCCUAACAGCAUUUCCUAAAACAGAUAUAUAAAAAAUGUACUGUAUUUACUUUAAAUGAAGUAUGUAGGCACAGGUAUGCACGAAAUGCGUCAGUCCAUGGUCACAUGUAAACAAACCAAUGGCGUCAUCAUCGUGCGCCCAUGUCAUUAAACCGGAUGCUUGUUUUUAACCAUUAGUUUUUACGCUGUAUUUGUGUAAAUAACAUUGAGUUUUACAGUGUUAUCUGCAACAAAUGUUGUGAUUUAGCACUCCGCAACGUUUGUAAAUUACAAUGUAAAAAUCUGAGAAAUAAUGUUUACACAUCAGUAAUUAAAUAGUCCGCCGAUUUAAAUCGCAGCAGUUAAAUAGCUAAAACAGGAUAAGAAAGGUUUAGUGUGUUGACCACAUAAAUCCAGUGCACCAUGGGUGCUGAACAGAGUGGAGAUGCUGAACACAAGCAUUCAGACUUCAAUACUUCAGUUGUACCUUCUCCAGCAAAGCAAAGAGCCAAAAUGGAUGACAUAGUGGUUGUGGCUCAAGGAACACAGUCAUUACGGAACAUCCAUAAUGAUCCAGAUGUCAUAAAGCUACAAGAAAUUCCCACCUUUCAGCCUCUUCUUAAAGGUGUACUCAGUGGGCAAACAUCCCCCAGCACUGUUUGUUUAGAAAAGCUAGAUUCUGCACAGGUACUACAGCUGUGUGUCCGAUAUCAAGAUCAUUUACACCAGUGUGCAGAGGCUGUCGCCUUUGACCAGAACGCUCUGGUCAAGAGGGUCAAAGAGAUGGAUCUUUCCGUGGAGGCACUUUUCAGCAUCAUGCAGGAGAGACAAAAACGUUACGCCAAGUAUGCCGAACAGAUCCAAAAGGUCAAUGAGAUGUCCAUGAUUCUGAGACGCAUCCAGAUGGGCAUUGACCAAACGAUACCACUGAUGGAGCGUCUCAACAACCUUCUACCUGAAAGUGAGCGUCUGGAGCCCUUCAGCAUGAAGCCUGAUGGAGACAUUAAAUAGCGUCCAGCAUCACAUGGAGCCAUGCUAACAAAGUGGCGUUGUACAGAAUGACUGGUGCUUUGGUCUUUUUCGUUUUGGACUCUGAGAAGCUUGCUGUCUGGAUCUAGCCAUAAAAACGUUAUGUGUUACAUAUUGUAAAAAAAUGUCAAAAUGGUAAAGGCAUGUAUGUGUACAUAUCUACCUGUUAGUCUUAAAAUAGUGCUUUUAAAGCACGAUAACAUAUAGUUUUGCCUAAUUUAAAACCAAAUUUAAUUAGAAAGAAUGAUUCACUAAUAAUAUGAUGCUCUUGCACUUUAGAGGUCAUUGCUAAAGUUACUGGCAUUAAAUUGUUUUUUUUUACACUUUCUGUCUUUACAGCUGUUUUAUUUUUAGUAACACUAGGGAAGAGCAACACACAAGUAAUAUUGUGUUUAAACUAAAGUAAUAACAUCUGACGUUGGGUCAUAACCUACAAGUGAUGACAAUUGCAUAAUUGAUCAUUUAUUCAUCUUAACAUUGGCCUCAC